CUUGGCAGUACCUAGACCGCUGUUGGCCCCAGAGCUCAGUUCAGAUCUGGCCGUCGCGACGGCAUGGACAUGUGUGCGUCAGCAGCACUCGGACUCAUAGUUUUCCUACCUCUUGCGCUGCUGCAACUUGCCGCGCCAAGUAUCAACUGGACGGAACGAAUCGAGACGGAGCUGCCUUUGCAGGCGGACAAGGUGGCCUACUGUCGGAGUCUCCUGCAUCCGCGACAGCCCCAGAAGCUGCGAACCUCCCUGCAGCACACAAGUUGUGCAGCCUUGGUGGACAAUCAGCUGCCUGUGACAGGGGAGCUGCUGAUGGACACCCAACCGCGCUGCUGGCUGGGAUGGGAGGUUUUCGGAAGACGUUGUCGCAAACGUGUCUAAUCGACAUUCUUUUGAUUAUGUUUCAAAUAAAGCAAAUGGAAAGGUGGCAAGAGAAGUAAAUGCUAAA